AGAGAAUAUCUGGAUUUCCAUUUGUAGAGACGACUACUCGACGUGUAUACCCCCACCAGUCAAUUUCGAGGGGGUUGAAGAAGAUUGUUUCGGAAUUUUCUGAGAAAAAACUUUUCCAACUUUCUUGGUGAUCAAUCAGUUCAUCGAUCAGAUUUAAUCAAUCAAAUCGAUCGACCAGACGAUGGGGAGACUGUUUAUAGAGAAUCUAAGUGGGCCUAAGAUCUUCAAGUGCAAGUGUUGCAAGGUGGACUCUGCUUCUCAUGACGAUAUUGUCUCGAAGGAUUUCCAGGGUCGAUUUGGCCGCGCUUAUCUCGUCCGUUAUGUGGUUAACAUAACUCUUGGACCUAGAGAAGAUCGACGACUUAUAAGCGGACUGCAUACAAUAAAUGAUGUUUAUUGUAGCUCUUGCCAGCAGCUGUUAGGCUGGAGAUAUGAGAAAGCCUUUGAGGAGAGUCAGAAAUAUAAAGAGGGAUUGUUCAUCCUGGAGAAGGAACGGAUGCUGGAGGGUUGGUGAUGUCAGCCUUUGAGGACAGUCCCGGAAGACAGAGAAUCAAAGUUAUAUUGCAACUUACAGACAUUCAACCAGUGAUACAUGUAAACAACAUUGAAACUAUCAUUUUUUUCAGCUAUAAAACUCUCAGUUGAAGGUUUUUGUGCAGUGUCAAUUGUCAAAUCACCAGUGGGUGAUUCGCAUGACUAGUUUUUGAGCGCCUUGCCGUCGCAAAGUCAAGUAGUGCUUUCUAUAUUGUUAUUUGAUAGAAUUACUCGAAACAUUUCAACUAUACCAAGGGAAAACAGGCUCCUUAUC